UCCUCCGCAGGACAGUCGACCACAUCUUGUGGAUCGCGCAGAAAACGCUCUCCGAGGUCCUGGUUUCGAAUUCGAACACGAAGCCCGCGAACUAGAGGAGAGGGAAGAGGGCUUUCGUGGAUUUUCUAGCUAACCCACGUGACGGCGUAUUGCUGGGGGACAUGCGCAACAGCUUUAUUGGCUUUACCGGCUUUAUAUGCUUUAUGUAUGUACGCCCGUAUCAACCAUACAAGCCACGCUAUCGUGAAUUACCUCAGACUAAUUGUGAUUUAAAUAAAAAUGGCAACGCAACAAGAGCUUGAACAUUAUUUCUCAAAGUCUCUGGAGGUUGUGAAGGAAGCGGGAACGCUUGUGAAAGAUGCGAUCGGGAAAGGAAAGUCCAUUGAAACUAAAUCUAAUUUCGCUGAUUUAGUUACGGAAACAGACAAGGAAGUCGAGAAACUACUUAUCGGAAAACUCAAGAAUGAAUUUCCGACACAUCGGUUUAUUGGUGAAGAAUCGGUGGCGGCUGGUAUGAAAUGCGAGCUAACCGGCGAUCCUACAUGGAUCAUCGACCCGGUGGACGGAACAAUGAAUUUUGUUCACGGAUUCCCGGUUGUGGCUAUAUCGGUUGCACUGGCAGUUAAUAAACAGGUCGUUAUAGGUAUUGUAUUCAAUCCAGUUAUGGAUCGGAUGUAUACUGCACAGCUUGGUAAGGGAGCAUUUUGCAACGGUCAUCGACUGAGGACUUCUGGUGUAUCUGAUUUGUCAAAAGCACUGAUUGUGGCUGAAGGUGGAAGCAAUAGAGAUCCAGCACGGAUGGAAUUUGUAUUUAAGAAUAUGCAUAACAUCAUUAAAAAAGCCCAUGGACUUCGCAGCCUGGGUUCAGCAGCCCUAAAUAUGUGCUUCGUAGCUGCUGGUGAAGCAGAUGCCUACUACGAGUUUGGUAUUCACUGCUGGGACAUGGCUGCUGCAGCUCUAAUUGCCACGGAGGCCGGAGGGACUGUCGUAGAUACUGAAGGGGGUCCCUUAAAUUUGAUGAAUCGCAGGGUCAUAUGUGCUGCAACCCAAGGUCUUGCAAGUGUUAUUAGCCAGAGCUUGGACCACAUCCAGCUAGAAAGUGACUGAGUAUAUAUGUGACACAAGUUCUUCUUAUCUGUAUUUUCAAAGCUGUCAUUCCUAGAACAUACAUACAACUGGUACAUUUGUGAAUGAGUGCUGUGCUAACAAAUAAAGAGCCCAACAACUACGCA